CUUAAACAUGUCGCUGCCUCCCGCAUCGGGCCUGAAUCUUUUUCUGGUCGUCUGUCUCCCGAGUCGGUCAAGUCCUGGUUGACCUUUCGAAAUUCUGACCUCUUUCUUUCCCUUGCGGGUUCUGAUACUCUUCUUUCCUUUAUCUACUCUGUCCUUGCUGCUCCACCCACGAUUGCUUCUGUAUGGAGUAAAAGGUCUACCAGCUACCCAAGCGAUAUCAUCGUCCGUGACCUUCUCAUCCAGAAGGUGGGAUACCAUCAAUCCCCAUGCACAACAUGCAACAACCGGAGGAUGGUGUGACCUCCAUGGAGAAGACUGCCGAUGCAACACAGGCAGAGCAGCCCUCAUCGCAAUCGUCCAAUGCCGACAAUGAAAAGCUGCGCGGCAAGCACUCCGUCUCGGGCUCGACCGAUGUGGGCAAGGAUCAAGGGCCGAAUCCUCUAGCUGGAGCUGCUCCGGCCGAGGCCGAUGACCUAGAUGCCCUCUUUGCCCAUCUCCCCGAGCAAGAGAAGGAGAUCUUGAAGAAACAGCUCGACGGUCCGGUUGCCAACGUCGGCUUCCUCACUCUCUUUCGAUAUGCCUCCAGAAACGACAUGCUGGUUAUCUUUGUCAGCGCUAUUUGUGCCAUUGCUGCAGGUGCCGCGAUGCCUUUGUUCACACUUCUUUUUGGUUCUCUUGCCUCGUCCAUGUCGACUGUCAUGUACGAUCCAAAUGCCAAUUUUGAUUCGUACUACCAUACGUUGACACACAAUGUCUUGUACUUCAUCUAUCUCGGUAUCGGAGAGUUUGUCACCGUCUACAUCAGCACUGUUGGGUUUAUCUAUGCGGGAGAACACAUUACGCAAAAGAUUCGCGAGCAUUAUCUCGAGGCCAUUCUGAAGCAAAACAUGGCUUAUUUCGAUAAACUGGGUGCUGGUGAAGUGACCACCCGCAUUACCGCUGACACCAAUCUCAUCCAAGACGGUAUCUCUGAGAAAGUCGGACUGACCUUGACGGCGAUUGCCACCUUCGUGACGGCGUUUAUCAUCGCCUACAUCAAAUUUGCGAAACUAGCAGCCAUCUGUACCUCUACCAUUUUUGCCCUGGUUCUUGUCAUGGGAGGCGGAUCUAAAUUCAUCGUCAAGUACAGCAAGCAGUCUUUGACUAGUUACGGCGCAGGCGGAACAGUCGCAGAGGAAGUCAUCAGCUCUAUCCGAAAUGCCACCGCGUUCGGCACUCAGGAAAAACUUGCCAAACAAUACGAAAGUCACUUGGCUGAGGCAGAGAAAUGGGGAAUCAAGGUGCAAGUUAUUCUCGGAAUCAUGAUUGGCGCUAUGUUUGGCAUCAUGUUCAUGAACUACGGCCUUGGUUUCUGGAUGGGCUCCCGCUAUCGUGUCGCUGGUGAGGUCGAUGUGGGCCAAGUUUUGACUAUUCUCAUGUCCAUUCUGAUCGGCUCAUUCAGUCUGGGUAAUGUCGGCCCCAACAGCCAGGCUUUCACGAAUGCCAUCGCAGCAGCUGGUAAGAUUUACAGCACAAUCGAUCGCCCAUCGCCAUUGGACCCAUUUUCAGACGAAGGCAAGACGCUUGAUCACUUUGAAGGCAACAUCGAAUUCCGUAAUAUCAAGCACAUCUACCCUUCGCGACCAGAGGUGACGGUGAUGAAGGACGUUUCUCUCACGAUGCCUGCAGGAAAGACAACCGCGUUGGUCGGCCCCUCUGGAUCUGGAAAGAGUACUGUCGUUGGAUUGGUGGAACGCUUCUAUCUUCCAGUUGGGGGCACGGUUUCCCUCGAUGGCCAUGACAUCCAGACUCUCAACCUUCGUUGGUUGCGCCAGCAAAUCUCCCUUGUCAGCCAGGAACCUAUUCUUUUCGGAACCACCAUCUAUGCGAACAUUCGUUACGGUCUCAUAGGUACAAAGUAUGAGAAUGAAUCAGAGGAAAAGAUCAGGGAACUUGUCGAAAACGCCGCACGAAUGGCUAAUGCUCAUGACUUCGUUACAGCGCUACCUGAAGGGUAUGAAACCAACGUUGGUCAACGCGGUUUCUUGCUUUCUGGUGGUCAGAAACAGCGUAUCGCCAUUGCUCGUGCGAUAGUCAGCGACCCUAAGAUUCUUCUUCUUGAUGAAGCUACAUCUGCCCUGGACACCAAAUCGGAAGGGGUUGUGCAGGCUGCGCUCGAUAGAGCUGCUGAGGGUCGUACCACUAUUGUGAUUGCUCAUCGUUUGUCUACGAUCAAAUCAGCUCACAAUAUUGUGGUUAUGGUCAAUGGUCAGAUUGAGGAACAAGGAACACAUGACGAAUUGGUCAGCCGGAAAGGGGCUUAUCUCAACCUCGUCGAAGCGCAGCGUAUCAAUGAAGCGAAAGACGCAGAAGCUUUGGAAAUCGACUCCGAUAUGGAUGAGGAUGACUACGCCAAGGAAGAGGUUGCCCGUAUCAAGACUGCUGGCAGUGGUUCGGUUUCGUUGAAUGCAGAUGGUGAAAAGGACGAAAAACUGGUGGCGCGAACUACCACUAAGAAAUCCAUCUCGAGUGUCGUUCUAUCCAAGAGAAGCCCCGAAACCGAAGAGAAAUACUCCCUAUGGGCAUUGAUCAAAUUCAUCGCCUCAUUCAACCGCCCCGAGCGCUUUAUCAUGCUAAUCGGGUUUGUUUUCUCUUUUCUCGCCGGUGGAGGCCAGCCCACUCAAGCUGUGCUAUACGCCAAGGCAAUCAGCGCGAUCUCAAUGCCCCUCAGCAUGAGUUCCGAGAUAACGCACCAGGCGAACCUUUACUCCCUUCUUUUCUUUAUUGUUGGAAUUGUUCAGUUUAUCAAUCUUUCUAUCAACGGUACCAUGUUUGCCUUCAGCUCCGAGAGAUUGAUCCGCCGGGCGAGAAGCGAAGCCUUCAGAUCAAUGCUUCGUCAGGACAUAACGUUCUUCGACCGAGAAGAAAAUAGCACUGGUGCACUGACGUCUUUCCUUUCGACGGAGACCAAGCAUUUGUCUGGAAUCAGUGGAGUGACGCUGGGAACCAUCAUUAUGACCAGUACAACUUUGUUUGCAGCCAUGAUCAUUUCCCUGGCAAUUGGAUGGAAACUGGCACUCGUCUGUAUCUCUGUCGUUCCUGUUCUUCUCGGGUGCGGAUUCUAUCGAUUUUAUAUGCUUGCUCGGUUCCAGCAACGGUCCAAGGCUGCCUAUGAAGGAUCCGCUAGCUAUGCUUGUGAGGCUACGUCUGCCAUUCGCACUGUUGCUUCACUCACCCGGGAAGGAGAUGUGUGGAGUGUUUACCACGACCAGCUCACAGCGCAAGGAAGAGUAAGUUUGAUCUCGGUGUCAAAGUCUUCUCUUCUCUAUGCUGCCUCCCAGGCGCUUAUUUUCUUCUGUGUGGCUCUCGGUUUCUGGUAUGGUGGUACCCUCCUUGGUCACCAUGAAUAUUCGGUUUUCCGUUUCUUCGUCUGCUUUUCCGAAAUUCUCUUUGGUGCUCAGUCUGCCGGAACCGUCUUUUCGUUCUCACCCGACAUGGGCAAGGCCAAGAAUGCUGCUGCAGAAUUUAGAAAGCUUUUCGACCGGAAGCCAACCAUUGAUAUUUGGUCUGACGAUGGCGAGAAGAUUGAGACCAUGGAUGGUAUGAUCGAAUUCAAGGAUGUACAUUUCCGGUACCCGACUCGGGCCGAGCAGCCUGUUCUCCGGGGAUUGGACUUGACUGUUAAGCCUGGACAAUAUGUUGCCCUUGUCGGACCUAGUGGUUGCGGCAAGAGUACCACUAUUGCCCUGCUUGAGCGUUUCUACGAUGCACUCUCGGGUGGUGUCUUUGUUGAUGGCAAAGAUAUCUCACAACUGAAUGUCAACUCCUACCGCAGCUUCCUGUCACUUGUCAGUCAAGAACCAACAUUAUAUCAGGGUACAAUCAGGGAGAACAUCUUGCUCGCGGUUCAGGGAGAAGAGACCACAGAGGAGGCACUUGUUCAGGCGUGCAAGGACGCCAAUAUCUACGACUUUAUCAUGUCGCUUCCUGAGGGAUUCAACACUGUUGUCGGUAGCAAAGGAGGUAUGCUGUCUGGUGGCCAAAAGCAGCGAGUGGCCAUCGCACGAGCUCUCCUCCGGAACCCUAAGGUCCUCCUCCUGGACGAAGCCACCUCUGCCCUUGAUUCAGAGUCCGAAAAGGUCGUGCAAGCAGCGCUGGAUGCCGCUGCCCGAGGUCGUACAACGAUUGCCGUCGCACACCGUCUGAGUACCAUCCAGAAGGCCGAUGUCAUCUAUGUAUUCGACCAAGGCAAGAUUGUGGAGAGUGGAACGCACCAGGAAUUGAUCCGCAGCAAGGGCCGUUACUACGAACUGGUGAACAUGCAAAGUCUCGGAAAGGCUUAAUUUUGCCUUUCUUGCUUAUUAUAUAUAUACCCUAAUGUCUUUUUUCUUUCGUCCUACCCUCCCCCUUCACCUACACUACCUUUUUGUGAACAUACCCCUCUCUCAUAAUGUCAUAAUGACUGUGUUCCGUUGUACAGAUUAUAACUGACUUCCCCCCUCUUCCUCUUCUUCGCUUUUCAAAAGUCACCAGUUAGAUUCCCCCGCGGGCUAUUGUAUUGGGAGUUGUUGGACUUUUCUAUUGUCUUUAGAUGAAACAAUCUCGCGAUAUUUAUAGCUGGAUAGUGGAUGAAUAAUGAAAUUAAUGGAUAAUGUCCAUUCAGUUAACAUUAAAUUCGAUUGUGUCUUGUUCGAGCAUUGAUCAUAUAUCAUACAUCAUAAAAAUACAUCACCUGAGUUAAAUCCUCCAUUCAAUCUUUAUCACCUAUCCCAUACUCCCUCUGUACAUCAAUCUGUCGCACGCCGCGCGCAUCAGCAAUAAGACCCAUCAAUCCCUGCCCG